AUGUCCGAAACCGCACCUGCAGCACCUGCUACAUCUUCCCCCGCGGAGAAGACCCCGGUAAAGAAGAAGGCUCGCAAGUCUGCUGGUGCCGGCAAGCGCAAGGCGUCCGGGCCCCCCGUGUCCGAACUCAUCACCAAAGCGGUAGCCGCUUCUAAGGAGCGCAGCGGAGUGUCCCUGGCCGCGCUCAAGAAGGCACUGGCGGCUGCUGGCUAUGAUGUGGAGAAAAACAACAGCCGCAUCAAGUUGGGCCUUAAAAGCCUGGUGAAUAAGGGCACCCUGGUGCAGACCAAGGGCACCGGCGCCUCAGGCUCCUUCAAGCUCAACAAGAAGGCGGCCUCUGGGGAAGCCAAGCCCAAAGCCAAGAAGGUAGGUGCCACCAAGGCCAAGAAGCCGGCCGGAGCAAAGAAGCCCAAAAAGGCGGCGGCCACCCCUAAGAAGAGCGCCAAGAAGACCCCGAAGAAGGCAAAAAAACCGGCUGCGGCUGCUGGGGUCAAGAAAGUGGCCAAGAGCCCGAAGAAAGUGAAAGCGGCUAAGCCCAAGAAAGCAGCCAAGAGCCCAGCUAAGGCAAAAGCUCCAAAGCCCAAGGCCACUAAACAGAAAGCAGGAAAGCCCAAGAAGGCAGCUCCCAAAAAGAAGUAA